AUCGUACGUGAGCCAGCUGAAGACCCCAUUGAGCGAUGCGGGGAGUACCACAGCGAGGAAGAUACCACAGCUCCAGGUCUUCUUGUAGUUAAACAGCUUCCCAUUUCUGGAAUCGAUAUCAAGAGCGGAGCAAUCGUCACUACCUCCUCUGCACCUGGUAUGGUUCAGCUUUUCGUACCCCCUGAAGCUGUCCCAAACUUCAUCACCACUUUCUCUGCGAUCAAAAACCGUUUAAACAUCGAACUUUCAGUGACACGCCCUAAAGAAGAGCCACUUGAUCUUUCACAUUAUGUUGACCAAUUGUUGACUGAAGAAGAAUAUGAUGAUGAAGAGUAUGACUGGGUUCCGUGGUCCAAAUCAGAGAUGUGGCAUGAUUAUCACCAGUACCACGCUGAGGUGGACGUUUGGAUCGUACCUUCGUCGAGAGACAGCGAUAGCAGCGCUCCUGUCCACUACCUUUCUGACGACGCUCGCAGCCCAAUCUUCGUAGAUGCCCUCUCUGCGAAGGACCUUCAGAGCAAAUCUGCAGAGGAGCGUAACUUGCUUGCACCUCUUGCGAAGGCCCAAGUGGUCGAGACCGAGGAGGGAGAAGACAUCGUAUACAAGUAUCAUGAUCCCUAUCGAUGGAAAUACCCCAUUUAUGUUGGGGAGACGUGGACGCGGAAGGUAGAGAAGAGUAUCAAGCACCACGGCGGAGAUGGAGAUUCUGUUUUCGUAGUUCAGACCGCUCUUUGAUUCAACUUCAUCUGAUUUUUGUAAUAUAUUCGAAAUGCUUUGAAUUUGCUUU